AUGCAAGAAAAAAUUAAGUCGCUGUUAUUUAUUAAAAUUACUAAGUUAAUCCUAUUAAGUUGGAUAUGUCAUAUAUAUAUUCAUACGAGUACGCAUAACAAAUCUUUGAAUAAAUACUACAAACUUCGUAAAAAAUUAAAUACAAAAAAUUAUCGAUUAUUAACAAAAUAUAAUCAGGAUAAGGAUUCGAAUAUAGUAUAUUUAAAGGAAAACAUACCAGAUGAAGUACACGAUAAAAAAAAUAUAUCGAAUAAUGAGAAUUCAUAUGCAAGAAAAAAGAUACAGUCAAAUGGAAGUUCCUCAAGAAAUACAAGAGGCUGUAAAAAAGUUAUAAAAAAUAUAUCUUGUAUGUUUGAAACGAAAAAAUAUUCCCAUUUAGAAAAAAAGAUAUUCAGAGAACUUGAUUAUGUAAAUUUUCUUGAAAACAACAGGACACUUAGUGAUAAGCUUUACAAAAGAAUAAUACUUAAAAAAUACUCAUUAAGACUAUCGUUUACUGUAAUAUUGUUCUUGUUGUUAUCAGUAGCAUUCUUAGUAGAAUUUUUUGGGGGUUAUGGAAUUGUAAAUGAGAUAUAUCGUUUAUUGUCGACGUGCCUAGAUAAAGAAGGAAUGAUAUCUUUAAAUAAGAAGUUGUACGAUACCUUUUUAGGGAAACUAUUCUAUAGGGUUGUUGAAACUACUGAUAAUCAUGUGAAGAAGUCUGCUCUUAUUAGAAAUUUUUUGGGUUUCCUAGUGUAUUUCUCAAUUUUCUUUAUAUUUGGCAUUUCAGUUAUAUUAGGAGUUGUUUAUUAUCAUAAAAAAGUUAAAAAAUAUGAUAAAAUUAAGUUCAGACGAAAGUAA